UGUUGAACGCGCCCCGCUCUCAUUGUGCAGCGGAGGAAGAAGCUUCGGAAGGUUCGACGACGUCGGUAUGAAAUGGCAGAAAGUGGCCGCGCCGCGGAAGCACCGAGACUAGGCUGCGUAGGAGCUGCAUGUGUUCACCGUGGAGCCCCCGGCCUGCAGGUCAACUGAUAGCUAACGACUGUUAGCUCUUCGGCGGGGAGGGGGGACGGGGGGGAGACUUGGAUUAAAGACCACCAGGAUUUCCUGCCUUUAAACACCCGUCCAGCCUGCGUCUGACGGAGGCAGCAGGCGGCGGCUGCGCGGCGAGACUCCUGGAAUCAACCGGACAGGGAUUUCAAGAGGCCUGCUCUUCUUGCAUGCCAAGGCGCAGCGUCUGACCAAGGUGUCAUCAUGAACCGGAACAAGCGUGAAAAGGAGUAUUACAGCAUAGAUGUGGGGGAUUCAACUUUUACGGUCUUGAAGCGCUACCAGAACCUCAGACCCAUUGGAUCUGGAGCGCAAGGAAUCGUCUGCUCGGCGUACGACCAUAACUUGGAGAAGAACGUGGCCAUCAAGAAGCUGAGCCGGCCCUUUCAGAAUCAGACCCAUGCCAAACGCGCCUACAGAGAACUGGUGCUGAUGAAAUGUGUCAACCACAAGAACAUCAUCGGCCUAUUAAACGUUUUCACACCACAGAAGACACUAGAGGAGUUCCAAGAUGUGUAUCUGGUGAUGGAGCUGAUGGACGCUAACCUCUGUCAGGUGAUCCAGAUGGAGCUGGACCAUGAGAGGCUGUCCUACCUGCUCUACCAGAUGCUGUGUGGAAUCAAACACCUGCACGCCGCAGGCAUCAUUCACAGGGACCUGAAGCCCAGUAACAUCGUGGUGAAGUCUGACUGCACCCUGAAGAUCCUGGACUUCGGUCUGGCCCGGACCGCCGCCACCGGCCUGCUCAUGACGCCCUACGUAGUGACCCGUUAUUACCGCGCCCCUGAGGUCAUCCUGGGCAUGGGUUACCAGGCCAACGUGGAUAUUUGGGCUGUGGGCUGCAUUAUGGCAGAAAUGGUUCGCCACAAAAUCCUUUUUCCUGGAAGGGAUUAUAUUGAUCAGUGGAACAAGGUCAUCGAGCAGCUGGGGACGCCGUCUCAGGAGUUCCUCAUGAAGCUCAACCAGUCGGUGAGGACCUACGUGGAGAACCGGCCGCGCUACGCUGGCUACAGCUUUGAGAAGCUCUUCCCUGAUGUCCUGUUUCCUGCAGACUCUGAACACAACAAGCUGAAAGCGAGCCAAGCCAGGGAUCUGCUAUCCAAAAUGCUGGUAAUAGACGCUUCCAAGCGGAUCUCUGUGGACGAGGCUCUGCAGCACCCCUACAUUAACGUGUGGUACGAUCCCACUGAAGUGGAAGCACCGCCGCCUGCGAUCACAGACAAGCAGCUGGAUGAGCGAGAGCACACGGUGGAGGAGUGGAAAGAGUUAAUCUAUAAAGAAGUGCUGGACUGGGAGGAAAGGACAAAGAACGGCGUCAUCAGGGGACAGCCGGCAUCUAUAGGUGCAGCAAUGAGCAGCAGCCACCAGCACCCCCCCUCCACGUCCUCGUCCGCCUCCACCAACGACGUCUCCUCCGACCCGACCCCGACCGACACGGACAGCAGCCUGGAGACAGCCCGCGCCGCCGCGGGCCCCGUGGGCUGCUGCAGAUGAUGGCCCCGCCCUCCCGGCGCCGGUCCUGCUCCGCGGUCACAGCGGCUCCUCGCUGGUCCCUCCCUCUCUCCUCCCCUCCUGCUCGUCUCUGGUAGUAUAGCAUAUUAGUCAGAUAGCUGUGUAAGAAAUAUUUCUAAAGAACAGAUCUUUGUCUUUUCUUUGAAAAUAAUCAUCCAUAGAUUCUUUUAUUAUUUUGUUCAAAAGAUUUUAUUUUCUCUAAUAUAUUGUUUCUUUGUCAGAAACCAGAUCUGGUUUGAAUUCAGUUUGUAGCGCCGGUAGGAUCUGAGAAAUGUCAUAAACGGAUGUAAUUUUCUCUGUUUUUAUCUUUGACAGCUUGCCAUACCUUCACAGAUUAAGUUUGUACAGAUUUGACCGUAGAUGGUGGUUUUAUCUUUAUUACCAAUAUUCUGUGAGUCCUUGGAUCCCAGAUUAUUUUCUCCUGGAUGGUUUUGUCUAAAAUAUUAUGGAUAUUGUUUUUUUUGUUUGUUUGUUUUUUAUUAUUUGCUGAUGACACAUCCAUUUAUUAGAGACAAGGUCAGUUAGAUUUAUUGUAAAAAAAAAUUAAAAAAAAGAAGCUACUUCUACUUUCUACAAUGUAAAGUUAAACUUUUUACAAACGCUUUAUAAUUUUAAUAUUUUUCACCUCCCAUUUAAAGAACAAAUGCUGACAUUUGUUGGAUUCUCCUUUGUCAUAUUUAGACUAGAAGAGUCUAAAUAUGUUGUUAUUUUUAAGUGCUUUAAAAUCUUUUCUUUGUCCCAGUUGUGGACGGAGCCGGUUUGGUGGAACCGAUCUGGACUGGAUCCUUUAGAAAUGGAGAGUUUGGUUUGUUAGGUUGAUGAUGGUGAAACUAGGAUGUGCUUCAGCUGAGGUGGGUGGUGGGGGGCUUUUGAUGCAUCUCAACAGAUUUGAAUAUCAGAAAAACAGUUUGUUUGUUCCAGAAAUUCGUUUAAUUCUGUUCAUUUUGAUGAUUAUGGCUUAAAAGCAACAGAUCAUGAAAAAUUAAUUCUAGAAAUAUUUCAACAGAGCGAUACAGAUUAUUUUAACGUCCCCUGAUAGCCGCUGCUGAUGUCGCCUCAUCUUCCUUCAUUUACAGGAUAAAAUGAUAAAACGUUGCAGGAAACAAAACAUUAAAGCUAGAAGGUAAAUAGAGGGAGCAGAAAGUUAAAAUUUCAUAAUAAAUGAGCUGACGUGACUGAUGGAUGUUUGCCCUUCAAAUAAGAUAUUUUGCAUUUUAAAGGUAAAGAUAAAGGAAAUAUCUUUAUUUUAAACUAAAGAACUCUUAUUCCAUUGUCUUACUUACUGGAUAGAAUUAAGGGAAAAUAAAGU